AUGGCAGUCGGAGAGCAGCUGUCAACACAUUCGGAGCAGGGGGGCACAAAUGGCCAUGCUGUUCUAGAGGCAUACACAGGAUGGCUAUCUCAGUCACCCACCUCCGAGAAGAAACCAUACUUGUUCAAAGUCUCCGCCGCGGAUGAUAUGUCUCUCAAGCAGAUUUCAUUGAGAUUUGCAGAGUACGUGAAGGCUUCUAAGCCAGUACUUCGUGACCUUGCACACACCAUGCUUGAUCGCAGGUCGACGCUUAGAAAAUCGGUUUUCUUCACAGCAAGCAGUCAUAAAGAAGUGGUUGCGGCUUUGUGUGCAGAUGGCCACAGUGUUCAUGCGAAGCCGAAAGAAGCUAACAAAGGGCUCGUUUUCCUGUUUACGGGUCAAGGGGCUCAAUGGGCACAGAUGGGGAUGUCCUUAAUGGACGAUUGCCCCCUCUUCGGAUCCAUGCUACGUGAAUGUGACCGCUUACUAUCAGAGCUACCUGAUCCUCCGGCUUGGACAAUCAUAGAAGAACUCUCCAAGGCCAAGGAAACCUCGAAUGUCUACAAGGCAGAAUUUUCUCAGCCGCUCUGCACCGCGCUUCAGCUGGGCCUGGUGGCAGUGCUAGAAUCUUGGGGUGUGGCUCCAGAUGCGGUGGUGGGGCAUUCUUCUGGGGAGAUCUGUGCAGCGUAUGCUGCCGGUAUACUUUCGUUGCGAGAUGCGAUGGCAAUCUCCUACUAUCGCGGUCUCGUACUGGGCUGGCACCCAGCCCAGAAGCCUGAAGGCUCCAUGUGCGCUGUUGGGCUGAACGAAGACAGCGCAAAGGCUCUGAUCGAAGAUUUGGGCGGCAAUGUUCAGAUUGCAGCAAUCAACUCGCCAAAUAGUUGUACGCUUUCAGGUGACGCUGCUGCCAUCAAGGAAAUAGUGAAGCAGCUUAUCGAGGAAAAGCAAUUUUGUCGGGAGCUGAAGGUUGAUCAAGCCUACCACUCGCAUCAUAUGUUCCCAUUGGCCCCGAAAUAUGAAAAUAAGCUCGUGCAGGCUAAGAUAACACCUCUACGUGACAACGCAAAAUGUGCCAUGUACUCCUCUGUCUAUGGUCGCAGAAUGGAUGCCUCAGAAUACACACCAUCUUACUGGAAGCAGAACAUGAUAUCAACAGUCACAUUCCAGGCAGCAUUGGAAGAGUGCAUGAACGGUCACCCAGACGCAGCUGCGAUUAUUGAGAUUGGGCCUCACUCGGCAUUGAAGGGACCAGCGCAAGAGAUCCUCCAUGCCUUGGGCAAACCCCAUGUAGGCUAUUUGCCCACUUGCUUACGCGCACAGAAUGCUCUUGAAUCUCUCCUUUCUAGCGCUGGAGUAAUGAUUGGAAUUGGUCUUUCCCUCCAGACCUCCAACAUCAAUGCUCGAGCAACAGUCGAUGGUCUCCGAUGUUGCCAUGAGCCAGGCAACGUCCUGACUGAUCUUCCAAGCUACCAGUGGAACCAUUCACAAAGUUUCUGGGCAGAAUCGAGGGUCAGUCGCAAUGUACGGUUUCGAACGUUCCCACGACAUCAAUUGCUCGGUUCUCGAUACGUAGAUGACAUUCCGAACCGACCAAGUUGGCGGAAUCGGCUUAUGCUGAAGGAGAUUAUAUGGCUUCAAGAGCUCAUGGCUGAAGGACUUACCGAGAUACCCGCCGCCGCGUACCUUCUUAUGGCUUUGGAGGCUGCUCGUCAGCUCUCCGGCAAUAAAAGCUCUGAUGCUUACUCACUUUGCGUGUCCAACGUCCAUUUCGAGCAACCUUUACUACUCUCUACCUUUUCUGUUGCUCAUUCUGGUCUGGAAAUCCAACUGAUUGCUAGGAAAACGGACGGCACCGACAACAUUGCAUUCGAGAUCUUCUCUCAGCCUUCAGCAGACGAAGGCUCAUGGACCAGGCAUUGCUAUGGCAAUUUCGAGACGCAAGCGAUUGCAGAGUCGCCUGUCCUCAAUCUCCCAAAGCUCCUUCAUGACCAAUCAUUGUUAGACAAGGCGCGAACACUGAAGCUUAGUGUGGGAGUGGGUGUAAGCAGCCUCAAGCUGAGCCUGGAAGGCUCAUCUGGAGAGUUCGAACGCGGUACAGACGAUAUGGAGACCUACGCUGUCCAUCCCUCAAUUUUGAAUUCUAUCCUGGAAUUACCUCCAGUGUCGUUGAUGGGCCAGAAUCUUCCAGCUGAGCACCGCCUAUCUUCGGUCGCUUCAAUCACGGUGUCGAUCCUUCGGCUUGGGUCGGACUACGGGCGCUUUACUACUCGUAUCAAGCCCUCAGAGUUCUACAACGUAGAGAGCGAUAUUCAGAUCAGCCAAUGCGACAGAAUCAUCUCGUUAAAAGGCUUAAAUCACCAAGCUACGAAGUUGAUUCACCAGAAGCCAGCGCUGAACUCGUUGUUCUUCAAGCCAGUCCUGCUUCCCGAUGUUACAAGGCUAUCGGUAGCGGCACCCAUGAGUAUCUCACGAUGUGCCGAACUUUUGACCUACAAGUGGCCCAUGUGCGACAUCAAGAUUAAUGGCGUCCCUGAGCGCUGUACCUUAUCUAUCCUGAAAGCCUUUGGUGCGGCUGGUGGCCAAGCAAGAUCUUACUUUCGAUCCAUAGAAUGCUCCUCAAUUCCACCAGGUGUUGUCUCAGAUCGCAUACAGCUGGUUGAUGGCUCUGACAUGACCAGCAAAUAUCACAUGGUCAUCACACAUAACAACCCUCCAGCAGGGCUGCUGAGUGAACAUUUGCUUUCUGGAGGCUUUUUGUGCAUUCCAAAAGCCCAUCUCGAGGUUUUAGAAUGCAAAACCAAUACAUCAUUUGAGUUUGUCUGCGAUAUUAGUGGCUUGGGCUCAGACUCAUGGGCGCUUCUCCGUAAAAUCACUGAUCCGGAUGCGGUGUCCGCCGGUCGAAGAGCCGUGUUGUUCACCAAUCAGGGUGGACUGCCCUUUCGCAAUGCUCUCGGGAAAUUGGAGUCUAUUCCGCUCGAACCUGCGCCAGUGAGGCAUUUUUGCAAGCGAAACAGCUUUGCGAGAUUCGAUGCCAUAGUUAUUGACUUUCUGGGAAAGUCAGCCAUUACCACAUGGACCGGGAGCGUACUCAUGCCGUGGGUGCAAACUCUACUGAAGUCCGCUGAUAGCAUCCUUUGGGUCACACGAAACAGCCAUGAAAGCCCGUAUGCCAAGGUUGCGGGCAGUCUACUACGCACGCUGCAAUCAGAGCAGCCUUCUCUCAAGAUCUCAUGGCUCCUAACAGAUGAGAUGAUAAACAAGAAUCUAGACACUUUUGCAUCGCAGGUCGAACAAGCGUUUGUGCGUAUGAUCGAAGGUGAAAAUGAGCUUGUGACGAAGACUGGAGGAUUGGGACUAGAGAUCUUGCGGUACUUACCUGAUGAUGAUCUCUCAGUCGAUACUGGUCUGAGCCUCCCUCGACAAGUGCGAAGCCCAUUAGGCGAGGCGGAUUACUCGCUUGAUUUUGCAGUACCCGGGGAGACCGUCAUCCUGUCUUAUAAAGAUAGCGCUAUGCAGUCAUUGAGCGGCGAUACCAUCGAGGUGCUUGUUGAAGCAUCGGCAGUAGGCAUUGAUGAUCUACACAUGUUCAGCGGUAGAACUAACAUUCAAGUCCCUCGGUCUCGGCCUGGAUUCUUCUUCGCUGGAAGGGUACUCAACAGCCAAGAUUCAGAGUUUCCACCUGGAUCUCGCGUAGUUGGCUGGCACCACGAUCAUACCCAUCGUAAGAAAUUAAGCGUUCAAUCUUACGAUGUCUGCCGGUAUCCAAGCUCAACGCAGCCAUCACAUGCUGCCUCAAGGUAUUCAGCCAUAGCAGUUGCGUGCUGUAUUGUCGAUGGGGCUGCAAGAGCUCGUCAAGGCGAGACCUUCCAAAUCAACGUCCAAGGGUCGCUCCUGAACGCCGUCGAGCAAAUUUGCAGGCGUUUGGGAGCACUUGUGCCAAGUUCAUGCACCCGGUCGAAAGCCGAUUUUGUUGUCACUUUCAAAUGCCCCGAAGGUAUCCGCGUCAACGACAGGCCAAUCGAGGUCGCCAGCUACCUGCAGUCAGGUCAUGGCAGAGCAAUGGUACAGCGAAGUUGGCAAGAGUUGGCCAACCUACCGUUGCAAAUUGAUGAGUACGAAGUUGCAGACUACAAAGAGGCAUUUAACAACGCAAAGCACCCGUAUUCCACCGUCCUCCUCCAUCGCAACACAGCAAAAAUCGUAAAGCAUGUACCUAUGUACAGGGAAGCGGCGCACAUGUUCAUGGAUCAUGCUAACUAUAUAGUGAUUGGCGGACUAGGGGGCCUUGGCCGCUUUAUCUGCUCAUGGAUGAUCGAAAACGGAGCCAAGCACAUAACAACCAUAUCGAGGAGCGGGGCAGACACUCUGGAAGCAAGAAAUGCCGUAUCUGCUAUGAAUGCCUCUGGUGCAUUCAUUCAAUGCGUCAAAGCAGAUGCCUGUGAUCGCAAAGCGAUCUCCAAGAUUUUCUCCCAAUUGCGUAGCAAAUGCCCCAUCAAAGGCGUCAUUAACCUGGCCAUGGUUCUUGGAGACGCACCAAUGGCUUCCAUGACUGCCGAGGAGUGGGAUCGCGGCCUGCGUGUUAAGAUUGACUCUAGCUGGAUUUUGCAUGAAGAGACAUUGCAGGAUCCGUUGGAAUUCUUCAUCUUGUUCUCAUCCAUCGCGAGUGUGCUUGGUAAUAGGAGUCAGGGCAACUACAACGUAGCUAAUACAUUCUUGAAUGCAUUGGCGGAAUACCGGCAGUCGUUGGAUCUUCCUGGGAUCUCUGUGGCUUUGGGGGCUGUGACCGACAUGGGCGUCCUGUACAGCCUUUCCAAACCAGACAUGCUGCAGAUCCUGAGCCGCAGUGGGCUAACUUACCUUACAAAGUAUCAUCUCGCUAAGAUCAUGGAGGCCGCAAUACUCGAAUCCCCACGCAGGGAUCGCUCUCUGGUACUCACUGGGUUGAGUAUGUUUGAGCGUGAAGCAGAUGGAAGCCUUGCCGGUCGUACCGACCCUCUAUUCUGGACCGAUUGGCCUGAAUUUGGGCACUUGCAGCAGUACAAGCUCUCAACAGUUGUAGACGGGACUAAAGGUAGUCAAGCCCCGCUCAAGGAUCAAGUCGCCGACAUGCGCCACAAAGGGGAUACGGAACAAAUAAGGGGUGCCGUACGAAACGCCUUCUUGACCUUCUUAUCGCAAUUACUAGGCUUCGGCGUAGACGCCUUUGAUCCGUCACAGGCUUUGAUGAUGUAUGGGAUUGAUAGUCUGAGUGGGGUGUCGUGCCAGUACUGGUUCCACAAAGAGCUUGGAGUCGAUGUGUCCGCUGGCAAGGUCCUGGGAGGAGACUCAAUUGAGAAUAUCGUCGGUGGUGUAUUCCAGAAACUGACCUCAGAUCUGUGA